CUAAUCUCUCUCUCCCUCUAUUUACCACAACCCAAAAACACCUCCACAAUUUCCACCUGCAAAACUCCAAUCAAACAGGACCCAUUUAUGUAAUCUCUAAAUAAUACAUCUUCAAUAUACAUAUCUUCACUCCAUCUCCUCAUUCCCUCACAAAACAAUAACUGUAUCUAUCUAUUCAUCUAUCCAUUUCUGUUUAAUUCAACAUGACAUCCCCAGAUAUCAAACCAAAACCGGUACCGGCAUCAAUGGACGCCGUGUUAACCGCAUUGGGGGAAACAAUGGAGCAACGGGACACGAGGCUCCGGAAUUUGUUCAAAUUCUUCGAUACGACCAACGCAGGGUUCCUGGACUCGGUUCAUAUUGAGGUCGGGUUAUCCGCGAUGAAAAUACGGUCGGAUUAUAAGUACGCGGAGGAGUUGCUUCGGGUUUGUGAUGCGAAUAGUGACGGGAGAGUGGAUUAUGAGGAGUUUAGGAAGUAUAUGGAUGAUAAGGAGCUUGAAUUGUUUCGGAUUUUUCAGGAUAUUGAUGUUGUUAAGGAUGGUGGGAUUGAGCGCCAAGAGCUCCAUGAUGCGCUUGUUAAGUCAGGUAUAGAGCUUAAUGAUGCUGAAUUAGCUAGUUUCGUGGAACAUAUCGACAAAGAUAACAACGGAACCAUAACGUUCGGGGAAUGGAGAGACUUCCUUCUACUUUAUCCACACGAAGCAACGAUUAAAAACAUCUACCAACAUUGGGAACGCAUAUCACAAAUCGAUAUAGGAGAACAAGCCGUAAUCCCAGCUGGCAUAAGUAAACAAUCCAACGCCUUCAAAUAUCUACUUGCCGGUGGGGUGGCGGGGGCCAUCUCUCGUACCGCCACCGCCCCACUCGACCGCCUUAAAGUGUCAUUCGCAGUCCAAACCACCAAAACUUCAAUCGGGUCCACCGUUAAGAACAUUUGGAAAGAAGGCGGGGCUUCAUCGUUUUUUAGAGGUAACGGGUUGAACGUUGCUAAGGUGGCCCCCGAGAGUGCGAUAAAGUUUUACGUUUAUGAAAUGCUGAAAGAAAUAAUUGGUAAGGAUGAUAUAGGAACGUUUGGGCGGCUUUUGGCUGGCGGUACGGCGGGUGCUGUUGCGCAAACGGCGGUUUAUCCAAUGGAGUUGGUGAAAACUCGGUUACAAACUUACGUUUCUGAACCCGGAAAGUUUCCUUCAUUGGGGAAACUUUCGAAGGAUAUUUGGGUUCACGAGGGCCCACGGGCUUUUUAUAAGGGGAUGGUUCCGUCGCUUCUUGGUAUUAUUCCUUAUGCGGGAAUCGACCUUGCGGUGUAUGAGACGUUGAAAGAGAUGUCUAAAACAUAUGGUUUUGUUGAUAGCGAACCUGGUCCUAUAGCUCAAUUGAGCUGUGGAACAGUUGCAGGGGCCCUUGGAGCCGCCUGCGUGUACCCGUUGCAAGUUGUUAGGACAAGAAUGCAAGCACAUCAGGCUAAAGAAGCUGCAAGAUACAACGGGAUGGCUGACGUUUUUAUAAAAACUUAUCAAAAAGAAGGGGCCCGAGGUUUCUACAAAGGGCUUUUCCCGAAUCUUUUAAAAGUUAUACCGGCUGCUAGCAUCACGUAUAUUUCUUAUGAAGCAAUGAAAAAGGCACUAGAGCUACAAUGAUGAUGACGACAAUGAUGUCCGAGUGUUUAAAAAAAGGUGAGAUGUUACUGGUCGAGUUACACGACGGUAUGCUAAUUUACGACUUGGAAAGAAGGGUAUUUUUGUAAAUGAAGAUACUUCUUCAAGGUUGCAUUCUUAUUUCAUAUUUAUGUUCUGAAAUGAGUACAUUAGACUCUGCCAAUUCUUUGUUACAUGUCGGAUUUGUGGUGAUGAUUAUGAUCUUACUUUUCAAGAUUUGUUGUUAAUUUUGUCA